AUGGCCUUUAGAAUCCCUUUCGCGCAGGCUUCCUGGGAGGAGUACCUCUCCGGCCAGGAGGCCCAACUUCCCUCGCUCCCCGCCGUUGAGGAUGUCUCUGAUCGGGUUAUCCGCGUUCUAGGCGGGAACCCAGGCAGCAUGCAGCUGCAGGGGACGAACACGUAUCUCGUGGGAACGGGCAGCUCCCGCAUCUUGAUUGACACCGGCCAGGGCAAGCCGAUCUGGAUACGUCGACUCAUCAAAGUCCUAGAGGGCAGAAAUAUAGACAUAGCCUACGUCCUCCUAACUCACUGGCACGGAGACCACACCGGUGGUGUCCCCAGCCUCGUGGCAUACGACAAGUCGCUGUCAACGCGCGUAUACAAGAACCGACCCGACAAAGGCAGCGGCCAGAAGAAUAUCCUCGACGGGCAGACCUUCCGUGUCGAGGGAGCCACCAUCCGCGCUGUCUUCACACCCGGCCACGCAGUCGACCACAUGUGCUUCCUGUUAGAAGAAGAAAAUGCCCUCUUCACCGGCGAUAAUGUUCUCGGCCACGGAUACUCGGUCGUCGAAGAUCUGGGCGCAUACAUAGACAGUCUGACACGCAUGGCCAAUCUACGGUGCCCGCUGGGCUACCCGGCGCACGGCGAGAAGAUUGUCGAUUUACCGAGCAGAAUGAAAGAGUACAUCCAGCAUAAAGAAUUUCGCAUCCGGCAGGUCUUUUCGACGCUGGAGAGAAGCCAGAUGAGCGGCGAAAGGCAGGGACGCGGUCGAGGCGGCAUGACCAUACGCGAGCUAGUGGAAGCCAUGUAUGGCAACGUUCCAGAGAGCGUUGAGAAGGCCCUUGUUCCAUUCCUCAGUCAGGCUCUGGGGAAACUAGCAGAGGAUCGCAAGGUUGGGUUUGAAGCCGGUGAGCCGACAAACCGGCGGUGGUUUGUUAGCCUUAAGAAGGGCUGACCGAGAAUGCCAAGCAGGAGCCUUUUGUGGAUUGGAUAGAAUGGCGAA